CCAGUGUGGGCCACGCCUGCAUAUGUAUAACAUGUCUGUCCACAAUGCAACCCUUGUUGCGACUUAUUAUCGCGCCGAAGGUCUCAAUAUCCGAUAACCUUUCGAAGAGGAGAGCAUCCAUUUAGCGAUAUGCCUCCAGCUUAUGCCCAUGACCUCUUCCGUCGGGUCGAGCAGCAAAAGACUGCGGAGUCCAAUGCUACCCUAGCUGUCAGUGGCCUCAUCAUCGCCCUCGCUGUCGUCUCUGUUGGUCUACGAUUCUACACACGCAUCUUCACGAAAUCGGGACUGAAAGCGGAUGAUUGGUCGAUUUUCGCCGCUGUGCUGUUCACAUUAGCUACUGCUGCUGUGACUCUUGUUGCAAACAGUGUCGCACCGAACGGCGUCUGGGUCUCCGAAAACACCGACACCAGCUACGUCUACACCUCCCACGAUAUCCUCUACCUCAAGCUCGCCUUCGCAACAUCGAUCCUAUACUUUACCAUCGCCGGCACAACCAAGCUUGCGAUUCUCCUCAUGUACAAUCGCAUUUUUAACGUAUCGAAUGCUUUCCGCGCACAGCUCUACUUCGCCAUCUUCCUCGUCGUUGGAUGGUGGCUUGGUUGUACAGUCGCAUCGUUCACCAACUGCAUCCCUCUGGAGUGGAGCUGGAUCAACAGCUUCGCGGACCCGCGAUACUGCUUCGACUACAACAUGUUUUGGAUGGCAAGCGGCGCGUGCGAGAUCGUGCUUGACGUUAUCAUUUUGGCGAUGCCGGUGAGCGUCGUUGUGAGGAUGAAGAUGAGCUGGCAGAGGAAAGGGUUGGUGCUGGGUAUUUUUGCUUUGGGUGCUUUCACCAUCAUCACUGGACUUGUAAGGGUAGUUCUGGGGUUCAAGAAAAACAGUCGCGUCCCGUCAUACUCCAACACCGAAGUAUGGACUACUGUGCACGCGGGCAUGAGCAUCGUCUGUGCCUCUUUGCCCAUAUUCCGUCCGCUUAUGCGGCGCAUUGCCAAGUCCGCUUUCGUGUCGAGGAUAUCGAGCGUGCUGUCCAUACGGAAGCCGACAAGUACACGGGGAAGCACGACUGAAAAGAAGCAUUCCCCAAGCUCGAGUGCGGACACAAGCAUCGCGAGUUUCGUGCAUAACGAAAGGGUGGCACCUGCGUUUGUCGCGACAUCGUUCAUCACGCGGCCAGAGCCUGCAUUCGUGGAACCGGCAUUCUGUCAACUACCGACUAUACAUGUAGAGGAGCGACAUAACUCGCUGACUGCGCAGUGGGCGGGCUUCUUGGAAGAAAGCGCUAGAAAAUCCAAAGAAGGAGAUUCGAUGGCGUGCGAGGAAGUUUAG